AUGUCUGAACAUAGUGGAAGCGAGCGAGAAAAGUAUCCUGUUUACGCCAACGAAGCUUUCAAGGUUGGCGAAAAUGGUAUUGAGUUAGAACCAAUUAACCCUCAACAGGUGGAUGGAUCUAUGUUGCAACAUCAAACUCAAACUAACGUGGCAGUUACUGAAGAUAUCGGUAUCACAGAAACACCAAAUUAUGAUUCAUCAAAUGACGAGAUGGAGAUUUAUGAAGGCACGGGAUGCUCAAGGAAAGUUGGAGAUGGUGUUCUAUCAGCUCGCCGAUGGUGUUCCGAAAACCAGGACCGAAUUAAAACAACAAUCGCCGCCAUUUGCGUCUUGGCAUUUUGCGCCUAUUUUAUCUAUGCCUGCUGGUACGACUUCAACAAUGUCACCGAAAUGUUGGUCUUCACUAUAUUGACGUUGUGUUUUUUGUUUUACGCCCUCAUACGAGAUAGAUGUGGAGAUCAAAUUGACAAAGCCUGCAUCGUACCAUGUUGUGGUGUUCUUAAGAAAUACUGGUGGAUAUAUAAAUGGCCUCUUUAUAUAAUAUUGGUCGUUGGACUGGUAGUGUUCAUAAUACUUGAAGCAAAGGAUUACCCGCCACAGUUGAUGUCAGCUUUAGGGGCAUGUGUCUUUGUUUCAUUCGGAUUUGUCUUUUCAAAGUACCCGGGUGCGGUAAGGUGGCGCCCCGUAUUAUGGGGGCUGGGACUUCAGUUCAUUUUUGCCGUUUUUAUUCUGCGUACUAAAGUUGGAUUCGAACUAUUUAAAUGGCUUGGUGACUUUGUACAGAAGUUCCUAUCAUUCUCGGAUUAUGGAGCUGCGUUUGUAUUUGGAGAGAACUUCCAAGAGCAUUACUUCGCAUUUGCGGUAAUGCCAGUCGUCAUAUAUUUUGCAUGUUUUAUAGCAAUAUGUUAUUACCUCGGUAUCAUGCAGUGGGUAAUCAUAAAAGUAGCCUGGCUGUUUGAGGUUACCAUGGAUACAUCGCCAUGCGAAUCGUUAAAUGCAGCUGGAAACAUUUUUGUUGGGCAGUCUGAAGCUCCUCUUAUCAUCAAGCCAUUUAUAAAAGAUAUGACAAAAUCAGAACUGCACGCCGUUAUGGUAGGAGGCUUUGCCACUGUAGCAGGUAGCACUCUCGGUGCAUACAUCGCCUUCGGAAUCAGUGCUUCCCAUCUCAUAUCAGCGUCAGUUAUAUCCGCACCGGCAGCCCUUGGUAUAUCUAAGUUGUUCUACCCUGAGACACGAUUUGGCAAAACAAUGGACACAGAGAUUGUUGUAAUUCCACGGCCAAAAGAAGACAGAAAUUUCCUUGAAGCAGCAGCAAGCGGUGCGUGCCAGGCUGUUCCAUUAGUCGCUAAUAUUAUAGCUAAUCUUAUUGCAUUCAUUGCGUUACUGGCACUAUUCAAUGCCUUCCUUGAUUGGGUAGGAGAUAUGGUCGGAAUAGAAAACCUUAGUUUUGAGUCUAUUUGCUCUUACCUUUUCGCACCUGUUGCCUUUCUCAUUGGUAUUGAGCCGGAAGACUGCAGAAUAGUUGCUGGACUCAUUGGCACUAAAUUGUUCAUCAAUGAAUUUGUGGCAUAUGAGAAACUGGGUGAACUAGUUGAUAAUAGAAUCAAUGGUGUUGAGCCGAGCAUUUCGUAUCGGUCAGAAGUCAUAACAACAUAUGUUCUGUGUGGAUACGACAAUAUCAGCAGUAUUGGUAUCCAGUUAGGGGCUCUUACUCCCAUGGCACCUUCUCGCAAAAGUGAUUUAGCUUCCGUAGCUGUCAGAGCUCUAGUUGCCGGAGCGCUUACAUGUUUCAUGACAGCUUGUGUUGCUGGUAAGUAUGUCGUCAUUAAAUCUGGUUUAUUAGGUUAUGAAAUGGAUGUUGUUGCGUAUGCUUUACACAGAAUUCGAUUAGCUCGUCAGUUCUCAUCAAUACUGCAGAAGCUGCAGGUGCUGUACCAUACUAUUAUAUGGGCAAUGGUUUAA